CAUCUACAUCAGAACAACCCAAGAUUAAGAUCUCGGACGGGCGAUUUCAGUCGACAUAUUCCAUUUAAUUUUAUUUAAUUUCAAAAGGUCCAACGGAGUCUUCAUCGUGUCCUCAGGCCAACUAAGUUAUCUUUUAUUCUUCCUACUCUCGCCCAAAUAUGGGUGUCUCGGUGGACUUAACAGAUCCAAGAGUGGAAAAUUCGCAUGGAAGUCGCGGAAAUAAUGACGGCGAAAAUCGCGAGGAGGGUGAAAUCGUUGAUGAUUUCGAGGACAUAAUAUCUUCGGAUGAGGAGUGGUCGAUGAGAAAACGUAUUGAAGAAUUAGAAGCGCGUAAUUCGGAACUAGAGAAACUUGAGAAUAUCUCCGGAUAUUAUAAUUACGACGUAGGUUCUGCAAAUGAUCGUUACACCGGACAUCCGAUAAUUACCGUAUCUGAUUCAGAAGACUACCCUCACAGUUCGGCUACAGUCCACCAUCCAAAAAGGCGAAAACAAGCACCGACUUCAGUUCUUAGACAAGCCGAACGGUACCAAUUACAUAGUCCUGUAGUGUUCAAACCAGCUAGAAAACGCGAUUAUGAUCCACCAGAAUCAGCCGAUCGAUCAUUACGCGAUUUUCGAAAAUCGCGAAAACGAAAAUAUGAGAAAAGUACACAUGCUAGGAACCCACGCAAAAAGGAACGACUGAAAUCAAACAAAAAGACCAAAAUCGAUUAUGAAUUUAGUUCAGAUGAAGAGUGGUGUUCACUAGAUCGUGAUGAACUGCGUUUGGCUUUACGUCACGAACCAGUCGGAAUUAAGUUGCCAGGAAACUUAAUGAAUAAUGUGAAAGAAGUUUCUAAAGAAAACAACAAAGCCGAGGAAGAACCUAUUGAAGUGAAUGACGAUAAUUCAGAUAAGCAAGCAGAUAGCGAUGAUUCUGAAUCUUUGGAGAUACAAGAGCUACGGCUAAUUGCUCUUAAAUCUGCUUUCCUGAAAAAAAAUCGUGAACGGAAACAACGCAAGCAAAUGGAGGAGAAAAAACCAUACUCUCCAACUGACUGUCUGCAACCGAUUGUGGUUGUAGAUUCCGAUAUUCCAUCGCCAAAACAUUUUUUAGAUAACGAACCUUGCAACAGUAUGGAUAUAAGUCCCAUAGCAUCACCUAUCAGUGUGAGUGACGGUUCCAGUUUGAAACCCGUUGAUAUGGAUCUAGUCGAUAGCAGUGAUUCUUCUUGCCCAGAAUUCGUUGAUCAACGACCACAUUGGACUUCUUUUCAACCAAUCGACGAGAUACCUCUUCCAAAUAGCCAGAAUUAUGAGACUGAUUAUCAAACAUUGUCAUCAAUACCGACGAAUCAUAUCGUAUCGCCAGUACCGAUCCGUGUUCAAGUGCCUGCAGUAACCAUACCGGAAGAAAUAGAUAGCGCAUGCGUAGAAACAGAUGAAGAUGAAAAAGUCGAAAUAAAGAGCACUGGAAAUGCCUCGCCAGAGCCUUUAGACGAGGAAGUGUUAGCACUGAGAGCGUUACUUCUCGCUCAAAAGAAUUCACCCAAGUUCAGUAAAGAUUCUGUUAAGAAUAAGCCAAAUGUACCUGUUGAAGGAUCGAAAGCUUCCCAACAAAGUAUUAUUAUCGACCCAUUAGAAGCCAUAAUGAAUAUUACACAUGGGCCACCCGAUAAGACAGCGGAAAUUUUGAAAGAAGCCGUGAAACGUUUACAAAGUAAAAGUGUCCCAAAUGAAAGCAAAGAAAGUCGAGAAUGCGACUAUUCCACCAUUCAAUCCAUCAGUCGCGACGAUUCACAAGAUAUUGCUAAUGUUCAGUACCCACGCGAUGUGGAUUACCGUAUUCCAAAUUUUUAUAUGAAUGUUUUGCCGAUAUUGGACUCUCCUCAAAAAAUACCUUCAGAACCAAUCGAUGCUGUUCAAAAUUCAAACCUUAUCGAUUGUCAAAGUGUUACGAAAAGCGUGAAGGUGAAAGAAAAUAUUUAUACUGCCAAAAGAAGUUGGCCCAAUAAUAUUCAAAUAAUCCCAACGAAAAGUGUACAAAGGCCGAUUAGAAAGUCGCCUCUCACUGAUAUUACUGAAACUGGUAAUGUAGCAGUGAACAAAUCUGAUGCCGACAUAAAGCCAAAGACUUUAGAUACUCCUGUAAAGUUAGAAAGUAAUGUUGAUCUACCGACAAAAAAUCCAAUUGUUUUGGGAAGCGCAAAUCACCUAAAGCCAAGCUCUGCUAAUCUGAUUAAAGUACAAAAUUCAUCAUCAAAAUCGGAAGUCAAAAAAUCUCAAGUGCAAGCGAAAGUUCCUGCUGUUCAACCAUCUUCACUUGCAGAGAACAAACGUCAGAGGAAAAAAUCAACAACCUUGGAAGCACUUCAAUUAAAGACUCAAAAUCUUGUUUCAAAUGGCAAACUCAUAAGCAGCAAUCAAAUUAUUGCUGCUAAGUUGCUAAACAAAGCGAUACAUAAAUCAGUUACACCGAUAAAAAGAAAGACAGUUUUAAUAAGGCAAAACCCAACUUCUACCUUGCGUACGGCAAAGCCAUCUGAAAAUACUCGUUUAAUUACAUCCAUCGAUGUGCCACCUGUAAAGCGAUUAGUUAUAAACCUUAAUGCCAAAUCUGAAUCGGAAUCGGACGAAAGCUUUGAUGAUAUUGUUGAUAAACUAGCUGACCGGGUUCCAUCUACAAAUAAAGAAUUCUAUGAUAUUUCUAGUCCUAAGAGUCUUUCUUUGGAAAGUCCCUGUGAUUCGCCGACUGAAUGCGUAGUUGGUAAUAGCAGUUUAACAAAAGGUGCUAAUAACGUGAUGAAAGCAGACGAACCUAUUGCAACCACCAGUGAAUCGAUUCAGAAGACUAAAGCCGAUGGAAUUUUUGAGGCUAAGUUGGAGGAAUUUUUGAAAAACGCAAGAUCGAUGUCCGAAAAAGAUAAUGAUUCUCCGAAAGAGAAAACCACUGAAACAGAAUCGAAAGCGAAAACCCCUGAAACAGAAUGGAAACCGAAAAGCACAUCGACACCAGCGGCUGUUCGACAUCUUCCAUUAUCGUCCCAAUUGGAAUACCGUCGGCUUAUAAACCGCAUGCAAGCACUUGAAAAACAGAAAUUAGCUCGUAAUAAAAAAAUCACCGCUUCUAAAGGAAAUUCAUUGACAGUAACAAUAAACAACAACAUCUUAAGCACACCUUCGGACCCGCCUGUUCUAACAAAAGCCGUUGAAGACGUAAAGAAGCCUUUCAAAUCGAAACCCAUAAAAGGGUCAACGGAAAAUAAUUUCAUUAAACGAAUUACUCAUACCGAGGGCACCGCCUCUGAUGAGAAGAAGCCAUUAGAUUCACAACUUAAUUCGAACCAAGAGCUGGUGAUAGCGACGAAAGGUGUCAAGCCUGUUUCAGUGACUGCCAAGGCUUCCGUUGCAAAAACAACACAAAUGCAAGUGAAACCAACUCAAGUUGUAUCAAAUGUAGUCAAGGCAAAAGUUGUUAAGAAAAAUCUUAAUCAAAUUAAGACUAAAGCGACACCGUCGGUAGCAACUAAUUUUCCUCUUCGAGCCAAAGCUGCAACAAAGUUGCAGCCGCCAAAGGCGUUAGUAAAUGAACCGAAGACCGUGUUGAUUACAACGUCGCAGGUCAUCGCAAAAACCGUCCCCUUAAGGAAACCAGCAAACAAUCUAACAAACUCUAACUUAAUUCAAAACAAAAAGGGAGAAUCUUCGAUUCUAAAACCAUCAUUGGAAUUGAAAACAGAAGUGGAAUGCGAAGCAGAAUUCAGAAAAACAAGCUCCGAUUUGGUUGAAAACAUAAGGAAAACCACGCAGAUGGUAGUUGCAGUACGAGAUGAGAAACGCGAAAAGAUACGUCUGGAGCAUGAGUUGGAAAAACUAAAGAAGGCAGUUCUGGAAACGGAGACGAAAAUAAAAGAGAAAGAACAAAGAACGUCAAUAAUUCUUCCAAAAAUAUCUUCAUCGUACAAGGGAAUCCUCGUCCUUAAGGAUCGCACAAUGCAACUCAAUCAGUUGUCAAUUGACCUGUGCAAACGAUCGGACAGUGAACGGAAUAAUAGUUUUUAUAUGGAGCAGAAAAAGAAAAUCAAUUUUUUAACAAAAGAGCUAUCACUGGAAAUCAAAAAAUUGAAAGAAGUUGGACAAUCGGAUGAAAUGGAACUACUGACUGAUGAAAAAGUCGAUGCAGAAACAUCUACGGAAACAGAUAUGUUGGACAAAGCCAUACAAGUUGAUUGUUUCAUGGAGUCUACGGAUUCAAGAAUUAGUGAGGCGACAGCAUGUGAUUCUUUAACUUCGGUAAGCCUUAAAAACAAUGCCAACAACGUUAUCAGUAUGGUAAGUGGAAAUGAACAUUGCCAUGACCCUAACUUAUCAUCAAUUCUGCCUGAACUGGUGAGCGACAAGAGCUCUCCCGAUGAUACCGCUGGAGCAUCAAAUGAAAUCACUGUAGAAACAGAACAAACGGAAGAGAGUUCUAUGUCGAAUAUUUGUGAUAUACAAAAUGUACAAAGUAGAGUAGAUAGCCUUAGAAGUAAUGAUAAAAUGGAACCUGGGACCCUUGAGAGGAGAAAAGCUGUAGAUGAGGCUUGCACAAGUGAAGUAAUUGCUGGUCCGUCAAAUGCCAAAAUGCAUUUUUAUAAUCGAAUCUGCGGUGCUAAUGAAUUGGAGGUCAAAGAGAAGUCAAAGGGAGUUUUGCAGCACAGCAACGAGUAUGUUUCGCCACUGGACUUCCCGAGCAGUAGUGGAGGAUCAUUUAAUCCGAACGGCAUCAUAUGUCCCUAUCAACUAAUGGGUCAAUGCGACGACAAGGAGUGCAAAUAUGAACACUUGAAUACGUAACAGCAGCAGUAGUAAUUGAGAUUGAGUUUGUAAUCUUGCCAGGGAAAGAGUUUUCAAAGGUUUUAAUCGAAUUUGGAGGUUUCCCUUAUAGGCAAAAUCGUUCACUGGGCAAUAUGUCCUCCAAUCGGUGGAUUCGCCUCAAUUACGUUCCAUUCGUUACUACGCUCUCAAUGUGUGUUGUCAAUCGCAAGACGUACUGCACAUUCAAAGGAGGGUAAGUUAUUAACAAAAAAAUCAGUUCAAAUUCCAGAGUAAAAAAUACAGAAAUGUGAUGACCCGUCGACAAGGAGUUGUUUUCACAAAUGUGCGCGUACUAUUUAAAAUAUUCUAGUUUUUUUAAAGUUUUUUUUUUUUAAGUAAAUCAGUGAAAUGUGCUUACACGAAAUCUAUGGUCAAUAAAUGGAAGAACUUAAGUUAUUAAAGUCAUAUUUUAAUACAGUAAUACCAGACUAUAUGGAAAAAUAGUGUCGUAAUCACUUUGAACCUUUUGUGAUAAAUCGUCAUAAAUGUUAGAUAUCACUUUCGUUUUUAUCUUUUUCGGAGAAAGAUUUACAGCGUGUUUUCGUCCAUGAAUAUUCAGAGGAGAAAUAAUUUUUUUUUUAAUCCCACCAAUUAGUCGCGUAAUUUUAAUGCAGUGCUUUGUUCUCUUAUUUAUAAAUAUUUUAAACAAAAACCAACACAAUUCAUAAAACAAUUUUAAGUUCAAUUCCUCUAAUUAUACAUAUCCUUUAUUAUUUUAACGUUUUACUGCUUCAGUUCUUUGGUUUUUCCUUUCCACAAGAUAACAUGAGAACAAUAACCUCUCUCUACACUUUUAUGGACAGUCAUUUCAAUGGCAUUUGUACAUGUAUCCUUUUAUUACACUCUUUUUGCUUUUAAUCUUCGAUCUCUAGUUCCGAUACCCAAAAGAAAGAUUUAUAAAUGUUAUUUUUGCUUCUUACUGUCGCGUUAAAGUUAUUAUUUUAAUUUUAAUGUAUUGUUUUUAUGAAAAAUAUGUGAAUACUGUUUAAUUGGAUUUUUAAAAUAAAAAGCUGAAAAAUAAAAUAUUUGUAUCGAAAAAAAUAUAUGAAUAUUUAUAAGAAUAAAUAAGAUUGAAGAAAGGAA